GGAGGAAGCUGCUCCGGCGCCGCACACUGCCGGCCGUGCUGCAGGGCAUGAUGGGCGAGGCAAACCUUCGGUACGCUCGAGGAGACACAGAAGUCGCUGAAACCAUCUGCAAAGAAAUCAUCCGCCAAUCCCCGCUGGCGCCGGAGCCUUUCCAGACCAUGGCCAUGAUGCUGGAGGAGCGUGGCGAGCACGACCGCUCGCUGCAGUACAGUCUGAUCGCCGCUCAUCUCGCCAAGCCCGACCUGGACGAGUGGCUGCGGCUGGCGCGCAUCUCCGAGCAGAAGAAAAACCACAAACAGGCCAUCACUUGCUACACGCAAGCUCUGAAGGCGGCACCCACUCGCCUGGAUCUGCACCUGAAGCGGGUAGACCUGAUGAAAUCGAUUAACAGGAAUUCCAGGAUCAACGUCACUUUCCUGAAACGUGCCGUUACCAUAAUGUGUGACGUGUCUGCUGGUGAUGCGUUCCGGGCGAUGAAGGAGCUCCACCAUCUCCUCAUGCACCUGGACAUGAUGGAGGACGCCAAAGAGUACUGGACUAAGGUGUUUGACAAGCACGGGGAUAAGUCCAGCUGGGAAGACACGCACCUGUACCUGGAGCUGCUGCUGACCACGGGCGCGCCGGCCGAGUGCAUCGCGGCACUGGUGCGCCUGUGCGGUGUGCGCACCGAGCCGCCGCUGGACGCCGCCCCGGACCUGGCCUCCGCCCUGGCCCAGCUGACCGACGUCACCGUGCCCGACGGCGUGCCGCUCGACAUCAAGUACAAGCUGCUGGUGGCGCUGGUCAACCUGCAGCACGUCAAGCUGGCGUCCAAGAACCUGAUCCCGAGCUUGAAGUCUUGCGACCCGGAGACCUACGGAGACAUUUACCUGGACGUGGCCGAAGCUCUGAUGCAGCUGAAGCACUACGACGAAGCGCUAUCGCUUCUCACCAUCCUCACUAAGUCGGAGAACUACUGUCUGGCGGGCGUGUGGCUGCGCGUGGGUGAGUGUCUGAACGAGUCGGGUCGGCUGGAAGAGGCGGUCGAGGCGUACCAGCAGGUGAUGCAGCGCGCGCCAAACCACAGCGAGGGCCGCCUGGUACUGUCCGCCAUCCUGCACCAGCUGGGCCGGCCGGAGGAGGCCAUCAGCGCUCUGUCGCAGGAGGUGGAGCAGGAGGUGCUGGACUCGAACCUGUUGCUGGAGAAGUCUGCCCUGCUGGAACAGGAGGGCCGUAUCGAGGAGUUCAUCGACACCGUGCGGACGCUGCUCUCUCAGCACUGUCCUAUCAUCCGGGACCGGGACGAGGCCAAGUCCAUGCUGGUGGGGUUCAAGGUGCGCGAGAACACGCUCAAACAACUGCGCAAGAUGAGGCCGGACACUUACGAGGGCACGGGCCCGGCGUUCGUGGACCGGCCUACCGAGCUGGACCGACACUGGCAGCUGCUCGGCAAGGCGCUGGUCUACCUGGAGGAGCGGCACCGCUUCGCCGACUGCGUCGACCUCAUCAUGCGCGCUAAGGGGAGCCGCGAGUUUGGCCAGCGCGCUGACAUCAGCAAGGACCUGGACACCAUGUGCGCCAUCGCCUGCUUCCGCGCCGCCGACUACGAGAUCGGCUUCCCGGUGGUGCGGAAGAUGCUGCUGGCCGAGCCGGAGGUGCAGUCGCUUUGGAACUUGCUUAACCUGGUGACGAUGCGCGCCGAGGACAUCCGACACGCCCGGUUCCUGAUGCGCCUGACGCACCGGCUGCCUGAGCUGGUGGCGCUCAGUCUGCUCAACGGCCAUAACUGCCUCAUGUCGGGCACGUACAAGUACGCGCUGGUCGAGUAUGUGUCGGCCUACAAGCUGGAGCCAAGAGACCCGCUGAUCGCGCUGCUCGUCGGCGUCACUUUCAUCCAUCUGGCGGCGCAGAAGUUCACCAUCCGCAAGCACAGCCUGGUGGUGCAGGCGCAGGCGUUCCUCGGCCAGUACGUCACCCUGCGUGGCGAGACGCAGGAGAGCUUCUACAACAUGGGCCGUGGCAUGCACGAGCUGGGCCUGCUGCCCAACGCCGUGCACUACUACCAGCGGGCGCUGAAGCUGGAGCCGCAGGGCGGCGACGCCUCGCUCGACUUGCGGCGGGAGAUUGCCUUCAACCUGGCGCUCAUCUACCGGGCCAGCGGCAACACGACGCUGGCGCGCCAGCUGACACACCGCUACUGCGUCAUCUGAGCUGCAGCGCGGCUGUCGGCGCCCGCGGCCAGCGUUGGUGAUCCCGAGGUGGGACUGUGGGAUCGUGGGAUACGGGACUGUCGUCGGUCGACGCAGACUGCGGGACCAGGCCCGCUCUGCCAAACCCAUCACUUAUUCGUGUGUGUUAGUGUUUCUAUCAAACAUCCCCAUGUUCAUCGUAAUGUAUUGUCAUGCAUACAAUA